AUGGACACUGGUCAUCUGUCGCACCAAGUUACGACCAUCAUCAAUCAGCUGCAUGGCGUCUUCGACGAGAUCGGCCUACCCACACAUGAACGAGACGAGCGGGAAUCAGAGCUGUUCGCUGCUCUGUCCGAAACACUAAACAACCAGCUCAAACUGGUCGCAAAAGAGAAGCAUGAUUUGACAGAUGAGGCCCGCCGUCUGAUCAAGUCGAUCCGCCAGAUGGAGGCCGCCUUGGUCGACGACAAGCCCCACCGCGACAGCGACUGCCAGGACGAAGAUCUGUCCAUCACGCUCCCUUUGCGCGACUGCAUUACAUCUCUCAAGGACAAGCACAACACUGUUUCCAGGAUCCACCGCGAACGCUACGAACAGAUUAAGACGCUCGAAUCCUAUGCCUCGCACCUCGAACCAUCCUUCGUCACCAUCAAACUCCCUCCCACCUCGCCCAACUCCAAGAUAGCUCCAUCCUUCGAUGUCUCGCCCUCGUAUGUCAACUCUCUGGACAAUGCCUUCACCCGCGUCUACGAAGAAUACAACAAGCGCCUGGUCACGGUGCAAACUCUGGCAGAAGAAAUCAUCAUGCUCUGGGGUGAACUGGGCACCCCUCAAGCCCAGAUCGACAGCACCAUCGUUAAGCACGCUCGCAAUGCUCCCGAACAACUGGGCCUACACCACGACGAUCUGAAUCGACUGAAGAGCAAGAAGGAAAAGCUGCUGGCCGAGAAGCGCAAUCGCGAGGUCAGACUAGAGGAGCUAAAAGAGGCGAUUGAGGCAUUAUGGGACAAACUGGGAGUCGAUGAGAGUGAGCGCAAACCAUUCUUGGCCAGUAACAGAGGGUGUGGGCUGCGCGCCAUCAACGAGUUCGAGGAUGAGCUGGCUCGUCUGAACGAGCUGAAACGCCAGAACCUGCACCUGUUCGUCGAAGAUGCUCGGUUCAAGCUACAGGAGCUGUGGGAUGGUCUCUAUUUCUGCGAGGAGGAGAUGCUCGAAUUCACGCCGGCCUUCUCAGCGCUCAAGGAACAACGCGCGCCCACUCUGGCCAUGGUCGACAAGUACCGCUCGCUCGUCAAGGAUCGCGAUGACUUGGCUGCUUCGUCGCAAGACGCCUCUCGUCUCAUGCUCCGUGGUCAAAAGGGUGAAAAGCGUGACCCUACGCGUCUUUUGCGUGAGGAGAAAAUGCGCAAGCGUAUCGCGAAAGAGUUACCCAAGGUCGAAAGUGAUCUGCGCCAGAUCCUCGAAGAGUGGGAGGAAGAGUACGGCCGCCCCUUCCUUGUCCACGGCGAACGAUACCUGGACGAGCUAGAAGCCACAUCGCAGCCUUCCUCCCAAGGCUCGGUGCGAUCAAAGACGCCAUCGAUCCCUCCGCGAUCAAAGACGCCGUCAUCAGUCCCGCCUUCGACUGUGCGUCCCAAGUCUGCAGCCGCCGCCGCUCCCACGACCGCUAUCAAGAAUCAAACAUUGCGCGGCCCUCCUCGCUCCAAGACUCCUACCGCCUCGCGCAAUCCUUUGGCCUCGUCUGUCAUGGGUCCUCCCUUGUCCAUUUCAUCGUCUAACUCCUCGUUUGCAGCUUCGGUCGGUCCGGGUAGUCUCCGCAGUCCCUCCAGAAUCCCUGGCCGUCAGCCCCUGAGCAGUAUGCUACAGGCUGGCAACUCAACCGCACGUCGUCCUCCCCCUGGUCCCUUGGGUCAUUUUAGAACAGAGUCCGACAGCAGCACUCUUCGGAGCCGUAUGGCUCCUCCACCGCGACCCAUGCCCUUGUCUCGCGACUUCUUCUCUCCACCCGAGACCCCAUGUCCCAUCAACAACGCCGACAUGUCGUUUGAGCGCAGCGGCAGCAUCAUACGCCGCAUGAGCCCCGAAGACCCUUACAGCGACCGCAGCUCGUUGCGCUCUGUUCGCACUUUCCAAUCGACGGCUUCCUCACGCCCGGCAUCUCAAGCUACCCACCAUUACGUGGCAGCUGCGCCGCGACCCUCGCCACGCUUCGAGUACCCUGCUGCACCGCCAUCGCUAGCCAUGACCCGACAAACGUCAAACGCUUCGUCUGUCGAGACUUCCAACUCUGCCGUGUCUGGCUCCGAAAACUGGGAGACAUAUACGGAUGCUUCUGACGACGACGAGCCUGAUGCCCGAAUGGCUUAUCAUGGCAAAGUGCGUACCGCUAAGCGUGACUCUCCAGAGGAUAGCGCAUACGAGUGCGCUGGAAAGGGCUUUGGCGCCAAAGUCCGAGCAAUAGGUGUCUCAGAUGAUGGCAGCGAGGCCGCAUGGUCUGACGUGGGUGAGACGUUCUGA